CCGAGGGUCUGUUGGUCGAGAAAGCGCUGACGAAGGACUACGUGCACCAGGAGCUGCCAUCAGCUGCUGGACGCGUGGAGGGAAAGCUAUCGACCGGACGCAAGCCUUCAACUGAAUUCACGAAGAGCCGCUUAAACGAUGUUGAUGUUAACCAGCAGGAUGAAAGAAUGGAGACAAAGUUAGCAGAGCAGGAGAGCAAUAACCCUUCGAUGGCGCAGGCGCAGCUCACUCCUUCGAUCAGGGCGGGCGAGAAGCCGGAACAGCACCGGGCCAAUACCACCGAUGUCAAGCAGCUGGUGGAGCCGACACACCCAAAGAUUUCAUGCAGCGCCGCGAACGUCGACGUCCCCGUUCUUGAAAUAUCGAUGCCGAAAGACGACGGUGACGCUCUUUCUGUUGUGGCGAAACCCCACGUGAACGUUAAGCAG